ACUAGCUGUGUUUUUUUAUUUUUUAACAAUAUUAAAUAUAAAGAAUAAUUAUGUUCACUAGACGCUUUAUGAUUAUUUGCUAAAAUGGCGCUGCAGUAAGCAACAGUUGGAUUGUGUAUUAAAGUUAAGAAAAAUGUCCACCACUAAUGUUCAAAUUCACCCAUUGUGCCAUCGGUAGCAUAGCUCAGCGAAACAUAAGCCAGGCUGUAGCGCACUCUCCAUGCUCAAUUCUCUUUCAUCCCCCAAAGCAAGCGGACGUGUGUGCUUUUCGCGUCUCGUGUUGGCGCUCGCUCGUUUCAAAAAACGUGCGUACGUCGUGACGGUUGCGUGUAGUUGUCCCAGUGUUAUUUUUACGCGUUCAAGCAAGGCAAGGCAAACAUCUUGGUGGUGUGGCACGGGCAGAGUGAAGUACUCGAUCACUGCGAUCUGCUAGUGUGCAAUCGCUUCACCUUAUGGUGUGUAUUUUUGUUUUCCUUUUUUGUUUGUGCUUCUUGCUCACUCGUUCCGAAUGCGAAUAUCCGUGGCUGCUGCUGAAGGUGGUGUUGGGCCUGCUUUACAUGUCGACAGCCAGGGCAACAUCCGCGACGUGCUUCAAACACCCCUAACUCCACCAACUAAUCCGUGCAUCAGAAACAGCUGAAAAUCAAACAACAGUGAACAAAACAACAGCAACAGAAAACAAAAAAAAAACUACGACGUUUUGCUCGUCUCUGGGUUUUGUGUGGCUAAUGAGAACCGACCAAGAUCUUGGUGGGUUUUUGGUAAAGUUGCGCUUUUGGAACGUGUGUUUGUUGGUGGAAGAUCAUCUUACCGCCAUUUUCCCCGGUGCUGGUGGAAUGACAAGAUAAAGUGUGUCGUUAUGAUGCCGGUCUGAAACCCCACUACUCGGUUGUGACUGCCACUAAAGGCCGGAGAAGAAAGUGUAAUUGAAAGUGAUUGUCGGUGGAUGUUUUUGCUUUUCGGUAGAAAUCUUCAUGACCAAGAGCACGACCUUUCGCCGCAAAACUGUGGAUUCACCUGUCCGUUAUUAGGAGGGGCACGGGAUAGCAUGUUUCAUCUCAUCUUCCAGAAAGCCGGAAUACCGUUUGCUGAACGAAACACACAAAAACAAGCCAUUUGUUGCAUUCAAACCCAGCAUGAAUAGGGUUUGGAGUUGGGCAGGAAAAAGUGGACCAGUGAUUAAUUUUGUGUCGUUAAGAAGAUAAUGAUACCGAACGAUGUGGUCAGUGUGUCAACCGGUUCGUACGGUGGUGAUUCUGUUGUAUGUUUUUUUGGUGUGUAAAGAGUGUCCAUGUGUGCGAUCAUUGCUUUUUGUUGUAGGGUUCUCGUAUCACAUUCAAAAUCGAACGCAAAAAGGCAUUCCAGUCUGUCCAGUCCAUUCCCCAGAAAUUCCAUCAAAAGAUGAACAUUAAUGAUUUUUGGGAAAGCUUUAGUUGUUCGUGUUUUUUUGUGUGGAAAGAUUGUGGGGAAAAUAUAUAUUGAAAUCAUAUCUUGCGCCCCUGAAAAGAGUAGUAAUUAACAUCAAGAAGUAAAGUAAUUGAAAGUGUACUUUUGAUCAUAAAAUUAAGUGUCCAAAAUAGAGUGUUCUCUAACCGGGCUGUUUUAAGACUCAGUGAGCAGUGAAAGCAGUCUGUUUGACAUAAUGUGCUUAAUGUGCACCAUAUAGAGGUGCAUUGUGAAAAUCAAACAAACCCUCGCUACCAUCACGUCCAGCAGUGUGAAAGUUUGUUAACACCGACUAAGAGCAACGCACAUUUCGCACAAGCAAAUAUUUAUCGCAAACAGUUCGAAAGCAAAAGUCUCCUACACGGCCGGCCGAAUGACUGUUCAGGGUUUUGGGGUUUGCCUGCCUGUGUCUGCCUAUUUCGAAAGGGAAAGUGACUCCCAUUCCAGUGGAUAUUAUCCUUCUCUGUGUUUGGUUCCCUUUCCAAUAAUAGGGAGACGCUUGAUGGAUUCGUCUCGGUAAGGGGGAAAGUGGAUUACUCAAGGAUUCCGUACCGGCUCUAUCUACACGGGCAAAGUGGCGAUGAGUCAUCAUACGAAAUGUUUCCUCCCAGCCCACUUGCAGGGCUAUUGCUCGCUUGGUUGAUUGCUUCGGAAUCCUGGCAAACAAACUGAAGGGAUCCCGGGACUCCGAAGGAAACGAACCGUGUACAUAGAUAUUCGCUUUACGAGUACAACAAAAAAAAGACACGACGAGACUGGAAAGCCUUUAGCGAUUUUUAUGUUUUGGAACUUACUCGAAAGCGUACACAGUGUCUCAGUGUUUGGUGUGUGGGAGCCUAUAAAUGUAAUUGGAAUUGUUCGGUCUUUCAGCUACAACCCUCGGGGUUGACCUUCCAGUGUGUGUGUGUUUUUUUCGCCGCCUUAAAGUGUUUGAGAGCAUUUGAAUUUUGAAAGCAAAUGAACACAGCUCGAUCUGUAGCAAUAUAUUGUGGCAAUGAGUUUUGUAAUUACAUCAAAAUUGAUCUCCUCUCUUGUAGGUUAAAUCUUGUGCAUAAGUGAGAUGUGUAUGGCAUUUUUUUGUCCAAGUGUAUUGUAGCAAAAGUGUUCAGCUCUGAGCCGAAGUUCAACCGUACUGAUUGAACCGUCACCACCUUCAGGAAAUUGGGUUUGUGGAGCUUGAGUGAGGCGUUAAAACUCCGAAUUCUCAAGGUGUAAAGCUUUGGAAGAAGGAAAAAAAACGCUUUAACCUUUUGGUUGAUACAGUUUAUUCGCAGUGACUUUGAAGUGAUCAAUAGAAAAAGCCCAUCUUAGACCGCCCGAAAAUUCCAAUCCUCUAUAUUCCGAUGUGUUUUACACGGGGACACAUAUAGGGUGUACAGGAGCGAGUGAAACAGCUAAAAUAAUAAGCCACCCCCGGGGGCCCAACAACACAACACACCCUCCCAGCUAAACACGGUGGCCUUCCAAAACGAAGGCGGUGAGCGCCGGUGGGUGCGACAAGCUGUCAUGGGGGUCCUACGGUGGCGCGAUCUGCCCGGGAGCAGAAGUUCCAUUACGAGCAGCAACAACAAUAACAACAACAACAACAAUGGCAACAUAACGAGCAGCAUUAGUUCGAGCAGUGGCAGUAGUACUACCAAUGGUAACAACAACCAACUGCAUCACCAUCAUGGUGGACGAAUCGAGGUGCGUACCGUGAGCACGGGCACAAAAACUCGAAUGGUUUGCAUUAAUACACGGAGUGCCGAUGAACGAAUCGCGAACCCGCACAGCGCCAAUGAGUCGACAAACAACCUUACCGUACAAAUACCCCAGUCGAUGGGUGGCAACACGCGAUCACUACUGCGCCACUCGAACAGCAUGUCGUCGAAUCCGCACUCGACCUCCAACUCGACUCCGGCCUCACCGCACCUGCUGUCGAACAGCUCCAGCGUCCAUCUGCAUCACAGCAAUGGUGGCGGCAGUUUGCACCACCAUCAGCAACAGCAUCCACAGUAUCAGUCGCAGUCAUCGGUGAGCUCACAGUCGUCCUCGAUCAUCUCGACCGUACCGCCGGUACAGCGACUGCUAGAGGACGCGCUCAGCAAACCGGCACCCCAUCCAAUGAUCGUCGUGCCGAACAGUGGCGGAUACUGGGUGGACGGUACGGAUCAUGACGCUUCGUACGAGGUUCCCGCCCAUACGACCUGGCGCGUGGGAAAGAUCGAAUCGGACGACACCGCCAAAUGCUACCGGCGGUUCUUCAUCUCGCGCGAACACUCCAACCUGGUCGGACACGACGAUCAGCUUGGUCCGGUGCUGCUGUCCAUCAAGUCGGAGAACGUCGCCAACCAGGAACACAUCCGGAUAUUGUUGCGACUGCGCACUGGUACGAUGCACGAGCUGAUCCCGGCGUCCUGUCUCGGCAGUAGUCCGUCCCCGAUCAAGAUGGCACGGCUACUGAACGAACAGAUCAACGUGGAUACGUUCAUGCCAGUGCUGUGCCCGAAAGCGUCCGCACUGAUUGCCAGCUACGAUGAACACGUGCUGGUGACGAACUUCAAAUUUGGUGUACUGUAUCAGCGCUUCGGCCAGACGACAGAGGAGGAGCUGUUUUGCAACAGUGAAACGACAUCGGCCUUUGAUGAGUUCCUGGAUGUGCUGGGGCAGCGUAUCAGGCUGCGUGAUCAUAAGGGUUACCGCGGUGGACUGGACAUCCAGAACGGACACACCGGUGACACGGCGGUGUACGAUGUGUUCAAGGAGCGUGAGAUCAUGUUCCACGUUUCGACACUUUUGCCGUACACCGAAGCCGAUCCGCAGCAGCUACAGCGCAAGCGACACAUCGGUAACGAUAUCGUGGCGAUCGUGUUCCAGGAGGAAAACACACCCUUCUCACCGGCCAUGAUUGCGAGCCACUUCCUGCACGCGUUCAUCGUGGUGCAGCCGAUCGAACCAAACACACCGAACUGUCGGUACAAGAUAUCGGUGACGGCUCGCGAUGAUGUGCCGUUCUUUGGUCCAACGCUACCACAACCGUCCGUUUUUAAGAAAGGUCCAGAGUUGAAGGAAUUCCUGCUCACCAAGCUGAUCAACGCAGAAAACGCAUGCUACAAGGCGGACAAGUUUGCGCAGCUUGAGUUGCGCACGAGGUCCUCACUGUUGCAAAAUCUCGUCGACGAGCUGAAGGAGAAGACGCGCGAUUUUCUCGGCGCAGAUAUGGUUGGUGGUGUGGGCGGAGUGCCCACAUCACCGACACCGGAAACACCCAAAUCGGAGGGUGGAUUUACGGGGUCUCGCUUUAUCGACACGGUCAAGAAGGCGCUGAACGCAAGGUUACGCUCCCAGAAUUCGGACCCCACCAACAAUGGUAGCGGUGCGAGUAGUGUCGAUACCACCAGCAAACAUCACAAUUCCAUGAAGAAGUCCAAGGAUGGUUCCAGCCUCGUGUCGGAUAUGCCAUGCGGUCCUGGAGGAGCUGUCAAUAUUGGACGAUCACUGUCAAAGAGCAGUACUACUGGAUCACGCAAAUCUCCCAACGAUUCAGUUGCAUCCUCGCCGGACAUCACUUCCCGAUGCUCCCUUAAUCCUACGCUCACCAACAACAACAAUAGCAACGCUACGAACAACAACAACAACACGAUCGGAAAGACCCACUCGAACGGCAACACGAACAGCAAUAGCGCCGGAAACGGUGCUGCCAAUGCUGGCGGUAACAACAACAACAAUGGCCCGGUAGCCAUGUCCGAAACCAGUGACGAUUCCAGCCUAAACAGUGUUGAUCUCGAUCCGAUGGUUUUUCUCCCAACGGUAGAUGCUGGUGCAACGUACAUCGAUAGUGACACGGGCCUUGAAUCGAUGUCUUCGGCGGAUGCCACUACCAAGGCAUGUUCGCUCUGCCUCGAUGGUACGGGCUCCACGAAUGGAGGUGGUAGCGUCGUUAGCGUUAGCAUCAGCGGCGCAAGCGUUACGAUCGACGGCAGUGGUACUACCCGAGAGCUGCGGAACAGUGGUGGCAGUGCGAGUUCCGGAACAGGAUCUACGGCUAGUGCUGGCUGUGGUGGCAUGGUCGGUAGUGUCCAGGGUCAAGGUGUGCUGGCGCAGGAAACGCUCCAGCAGGUUGAAGGCAUGCGGCAAGAGAUAACGCGCCUGAAAUGUGAUAAAUUGGAUCUCCUUCGGCAGAAUGUGACCUGCCAACGUGACAUCAAACGUCUACGUGAACGUGAAUUAUCGCUACAAGGUGACCUGGCUGCCGCCGGCAAAGAGAUCCUCCGAUUACGCGACCUACUGAAGGAAUGCUUACCGACCGCAGUUGCCGACCCGAUCUAAAUCCAGCCGGAAUGAAUGUGAAGCAGGAUCUUCGGAACAGUUGUUUGUUUUGGUUUUCAUUCAACCAACUAGUUAGUCGUAGCCGCUUACGUACCGCGUAAGAAGUCGUUUUCUCGUGUACAGUCGUUUUUUUUUGUUUUCUACAAUGUUUGUUACUUUUUCUGUGCGGUCAAUGCACGGCCAACCUAACCUAAUCGUUCUACACACGCUCGUGUACACGUUGAUCCGUGUAACAAUUCGUCCAACGCGAUGGAAGAAUCAUUCUGCGUAGCAAAGCGCAUUAGGAUGUAUGCGUGGUGGGGCCACAACCCCCUUUUUGCCACCUGGGCUCACACGCGCACACCCGUCUAACGUCGUUCUAUUUAUUUCAGUCUACUUUUAGAGGAACUUUUAGACGGGAUGCAAUCGCCGACAGGUGAAUAGUUUAUCGUCCCGAACCAAUGAGUUUAGCGCCGCAGAACGGAAAACGCAUAAGAGAAUAAAACGAAAGUAUUUACUUGAUAGUUUCAUAAGGUGAACAGUAUGAUGGUGACGAAUGGACGACAUGUCGUUUUCUUAGUAUCCCCUUUCCACGUGUGUGAGUGUGUUAAGACUGUGUAUAUAGUGAUAAUGUGUCGCGCUGUACGCCUUUAAUGCUGCACAUUCUGUCCUGUAUGGCAGGGUGGAAGCUCCAGUACUACACGCCAACCCCUUUCAAGCAUAAUGUUCAAUGUCCGUUUCAAAAUAAGUCUACAAGACGUCUAAACACGCUAUGUGGUGUAAGUGUCAAUUACCAUUUAGAAUACCGAGUAGAGUGGGAUUCCCCGCUUUAGCAAACGGGCACAUUAUGCGACAGGAUCGGGAAGAUCGGCGAUAUUGCUAAAGAGAGCGAAACCAAAUAAUCAAAGAAAAGAUAAUAUAAAUAUGAUUGUAGUAGCGUGUAAAAUAUGUGAGAUAAAUGCGUGCUGGAAUAUCCGCACAUAGGAAUAAGGGAGACAAAUCCGAUGGGAAUUAGAGAUGGGAAGCGACUAAACUCACACACUAUGUUUCAUGUGCAAUAAUGCAACCUUAACGGCAUACAAAACACUGUUUACUGCUGGUAGAAAUAAGCCGUACAAGAAGCAGUAUCAUGUGGUAGUGAUAGCAGUAGUGAAGUAGUGGUGUAAACUAGAGGCCAGAAGCACAACGUCGAAAGUGCGUUGGGUAACAAACAAAAAAAAGCAGGUUCUCUUUAAACGGGUUCGUUUCGGGGCAGAGGAAGCAUUAUGAGCUGGACUGAUCAUACGAUAAGCAUCUGCGCAUCAAACUAGGAAAAGCGUGGGCUAGCUUUCCUUGCGCGACUGCCCUUCUACUACUUCAAGCCUACUUAAGCUGUUAAAUAACCCGGGUGGGCCGUUUUUUGUGCGCUAGACCACACACUGGCAGCCGCUUCAUCCCACUCUUUCGAUCCCAUUUAUCUCUUUGCGGUUUUAAGUUUAGAAUAGUGAGGAAAACGGUUUUUUU